AUGAUGAAGACUCGUAGGCGAACAUACACGGCCGAAACUCCAGCAUUGUUGUUCUCCGAAGCCCUCACAGUGAAACCCAAUGUUCAACCGCUUCCAGUACCAAACAGUAUAAAUCAUGUAUCAGAAAAGAAGUGUAUUAAAGGAUUGUGGAAUAUAAAUAUUCCCUCAGAGCUUCUGCAAGAGAUACUAUCCCGCCUCAGUUUAAGAUCCAACAUACAAGCUUCUGCUGUCUGCAAGACAUGGUGUGAAGCAGCUGUUUCUGUCAGAAAGUUACAGCCUCGCCCUUGGCUUUUUUAUCAACUAAGAGGACUAGAAAACGGAAACUACAUCCUUUUAGACCCAUCACGGUCUCAAGCAUAUGAGUUUAGUUUCCCAGCGUUAAAGGGAUCUGUAUUAUCUUAUUCUAGGGAUGGUUGGUUGCUUGUGAAAAAAACACGCGCCCUCUCGUAUUUGGUAUUCUUAUUUAACCCAUUUACCGGGAAACACAUCUUCUUACCCAAGGUGUCGCUUACAUCAGGCUAUUGCUUAGCUUUCUCAGCCGCUCCUACAUCAAGUAGUUGUUUAGUGAUCUCUUGCAACUAUACUAGUAUCCCCUCAUAUAUAAUGAUCAAUACUUGGCGGCCUGGUGAAACUGCAUGGACCACCCAUCGAUUUAAAAACCAGUUACCUGGUGGCGGAUUGAACGAUUGUGUCGUCUCGAAUGGUAUGUUCUAUUGUCUGAGUACCUGCGGCUACCUCGGGGUUUUCGAUCCGCCUAGAGCAACCUGGAAUAUACUUCCAGUGAGACCAUGUCUCACCUUUCCUCAUGUAGAUAUCACUAGGAGAAUGCUGAUGACGGAGCAUGAAGGGGACAUCUUUGUUAUGUUUACAAGUCGCGAUAAGAACCCAUCGGUGUUUAAGCUAAACCUUAAACGCAUGUCGUGGGAAAAGAAGAGAGAGCUUGGUGGCUUAACAGUAUUUGCAAGUCAGCCUUCGUCUCUUACAAGAGCUAGUUUCUCGGUGAAGGAGAGGAACAGAUUGUACCCAUCACGUAAUGGGCACCUUGGCGUAUACUUGUCCCUUGGUGGUGAUGAGAACAUUAGCUCUUGUCCCCCUUCAAGUAACUAUUUUUCCAACCGCAUUGCUUGGGUCUUUCCUCCUCACGACAACGUUAGUCUCUGACUUCAUCCUCUAUGUUUUGUCUUAUAAAGGAGUUUAUUUAGGCUUUUUAAACGUUCUAUCAAAUAGAAAAUAGGUGGUUUAUAAGAUUAACUUAGUUGCAACUUGCAAGUAAUAUUUAUAUUGUAGCUCGGACACUCACUGGAAACAUGAACUGGAUCAAGUUUCUAUAAAUCCAGUGAUAGUAUUUCUAGAUAAAAUCACCAUUAAACAAAUGCUUCACUACCAAUCUACAAGAGUAGAGUGAAGCUACAAAUAAAUGUUAUUUUGUGGUUUUCAGUUUACCUAGAAAGUAAAUCACUUCUCAAAUAGUGCAAAUAUAUUUUGGUAUUAAAUUUGAAGUAACAGUAAAAAUUAGAAUUUAUUAAAAUUUUAGAUUGAAGAAAAUUUUAAAUUAUAAAUAAACAUAUUAUUUAGGUCAUCAGCAGCGGCCAAAAACUACUCGAGUCUCUCUAACAAGAAAAAAUUAUAUAUUUUAUUGCUUAACUAUGUUUUAGUUUUGCAAAAUUAAUUUUAGCUAGUAGAAAGGACACACAUGUAGAUUUAAUGUCAACAUCAUCUCCUUAUAA